UAUUUGUUCUCAGGUACUGUAAUCGCAAGAUGUGAGUGACUGCACCAUGGAGGAAGACUACUGCUACAACUGUAGCCUGUACACCGAGUUCAAUGAUACUCUGUACAGAAACACAACAAGAAAUGAGACGGUGAUCAACAAAUUUUACUUCUAUCAGUCAGCGCAACUGGCAAUACUAUGGAUGCUGCUGGUGACGAUAGUGGCAGGCAAUGCGACCGUGGUCCUGGCACUACUGCUCACGAAGACACGGAAAAGCAGAAUGAACUUCUUCAUCAUGCAGCUUGCAAUAGCCGAUCUAUUAGUGGGACUAAUAAGUGUGCUGCCAGACUUAAUACAGAGGAUAACGAUCACUUGGCUCGCUGGGUCCAUUACGUGUAAAAUGAUGAAAUAUUUGCAGGGGGUUGUCACGUACUCUUCGACUUACGUUCUGGUGGCUCUAAGCGUGGACAGAUGCGAUGCUAUCACACAUCCUAUGAACUUCACCGGCAGCUGGCGCCGCGCUCGAGCUCUCAUCCUCGGAGCAUGGUUCGUCAGUUUUCUAUUCUGUGUCCCGAUGCUGUUUCUAUUCGACGAAGCCAACGUAGAAGGUAUCUACCAAUGCUGGUCAAGUAUCAGCAAGCUACAAUGGAGGAUAUGGAUGACGAGCGUUUUCGUGUCCCUGUUCGUCGCCCCUGCACUCACAAUAUCGGCUUGCUACGGUGUGAUUGUGGUCACAAUACGACAAAAAAGCAACCGAGUCCUGGGCAGAAGGGCGACAGCGACCAGACAAUACAGUGACGACUUGGACAGCCGGCGAGCGAGCAGCCGCGGCAUCAUACCGAAAGCUAAAAUUAAAACUGUCAAAAUGACUUUCGUUAUUGUGUUUGUAUUCGUCCUCUGCUGGUCUCCGUACAUGAUCUUCGAUCUUCUCCAAGUGUACGGGUACGUGCCGGACACUCAGGCUAACAUUGCUAUAGCCUCGCUCAUCCAGAGCCUCGCUCCGCUCAACUCCGCAGCCAACCCCGUCAUCUACUUCAUAUUCUCCAACAGGAUAUUUGUUAGCCUACGGAACAUCCCACCAUACAAGUGGCUGUGGUGCUGGGUGCGGGCAAGCGACAGUCCCAUCGGGAACGAGUCCCGCGCACACACCGAGCUGCUGACGUCAUCACACAGGAGGACACGACACGAACUUACUAUACGACUGAAAGACGACAGCGUAAAGUUCCCGAAGCCACGUCUACACCAAUGCAACAGCACCAACUCCAAAAAGGUCCGCUUACACCUCCCGGACCAACCGAUCAACAACAAUUGCCAUCCAGUCCAAAGAAGGAGAGAAGACACAUUCUUGUAGUGUAUUAUAUAACAUAAAGAUAUAUAUUAACUUGCAAGGUGUAUACUUAAAAAAUGUAUAUGUAUAAACGCCAUAGGUUGUUUAGGCCGCAACAUGUCUUUUCCUUCCAUACUUUUCUAUCUGACGUCAUUGGCUGCAAACAUUCUUUGCAACCAUAUUGUUUCAAAAAAUUUCGCAAUUUUCGCAGUGUCAAUGACAGCGUAAUAGUUCCUUUGUAUAAUUAAGUACACAACUGCACAAAUCGUUCCCGGUUCAUAUUUCCGUGUUUUUUUUUAUUCCAACAUAAAUAAACAAUGUCUUCACCGAUUAUAAUGCACGGUGUAUUGUUACAAUUAUAACCACCUUUUGAGUGACACUGGCUGUAUUUAAAACUAGCCUGGAAUGUUCUACCGUUGGGAAAAGGCCUCCUCACUCUUCUUCCAAUUGCAUCUCUCAUUAGACAUUAGACCAGUUCAGUAAGAAGACAGGACAUGCCACCAUUUUUAUCCGGGUCUGCCCAAAGAGUUGCUACUUUAUUUGUUAUUUGUGGUUUCUCUUCAUAUGACUGUAAACUGUAUAUUUAUAACGUAAUGUAUACUGUGUAUUUCUAAUCUUUGUGUAAUUAACGAAUUAAAUAAGUCAAAAUUAUACGUGUUUGUAAAUCGAACAUAGUUCUAAGUAAACGGUUUGAGUGUAAGAUGUUUAUAAUUAUUCAAAAAUUAAGUAAAUGUAUUAAUUAUAGUCUACUGUUAUUAUAAGUACAUUAAGUAUAAAACACGAUUUUUAAAUUAUAAUUUGCGCUUAUCAAAGUAAAGCAAAAA